CGGGCACCAAGCGCGGCAGCAGCGGCCUGCAUCGGGUGACGUGAACGUGAAGCAAUAGGGGCAGACACACGGCGGAAGAGUACGCACCGCUGCUCUCCGAAACGCCUUCAGAAAAAUUUCGGUUCCCCCCUCAGGUGUGAUGUCCAAGGCACUAGCAAAAGAGACUCAUGCAGCAAGCCUACAAGAGGAUUGCAAGGGUGGCUCCAGAAGGAGAAGAUGGGGGCUGUUGGUCACCGCUGGUGUUGGUGGGACCUUGGUGGCACUCUAUGCUGUGGUCACCCCCUUUGUCACCCCGGCUCUGAGGAAAGUGUGCCUGCCGUUUGUUCCUGCAACCUCCACUCAGAUCCAGAGUGUGCUGAAAAUGUUAGAAACCAGAAGUGGCUCCCUAGUUGACAUUGGUAGUGGGGAUGGCCGUAUUGUGAUAGCAGCUGCAAAAAGGGGAUUCAAAGCUGUUGGUUAUGAAUUAAAUCCGUGGCUAGUCUGGUACUCCAGAUACCGUGCCUGGAGAGAUGGGGUACAUCAGAACACCAAAUUUUAUAUUUCAGACUUAUGGAAGGUUUCUUUUUCCCAUUAUACGAAUGUUGUUGUUUUUGGGGUACCUCAAAUGAUGCCACAGUUGGAGAAGAAGCUGGAAGAAGAACUUGAAUGUAAUGCCAGAAUCAUUGCCUGUCGUUUUCCUUUCCCUUGCUGGAUCCCAGAUCAUACUACUGGAGAGGGAAUAGACACUGUGUGGGCCUAUGAUUUGAAACAUUCUAGAGGACGUGAAACAAAAAGCUUGGAAAUUACAGCAGAGACACAAUCUUAAACAUCUAAUUUGGUUCUGUACUGAAAUUUUUGACUUUGGCUUCACCUGUUAAAGAUAAGAUUAAUGUGAAUAGAGCUCCAAGAUUUGGAGUUAUGUAUUCACUAAAAUAACUGAAGAACACUGGUUAUCUGAAAGCACACAAAGGUUAGUGAAAGGUGUAGUUAAAUGGCUUAAUGUAGUUAGUAAAAAUUAUGAGAAAGUUUUAUAGGAGUGGAAAACUUUAAUAUGGAAAAUGAGAUAAACCACGGUUCACUAAUGUUAAGGGGAAUAUAUGUAUAAGUUAAAGUGCUCAAAUUGGCGAACUUAAUAUGUUCAUUCUUUCUAAGCCUACAUAGCAUUUGUUCUUGGUGUUGAAGGUGGUGUGGAAGUGGCUUCUCAAAUGAGCCAUGGUUCCCAAAUGUCUUCGUUAUGUAUGCCAAGUAGGCAUAAUGCUGCAGACAUCAAACUGAUGCAGAUUGAGUAUGAUGAUACCGAAGUUUUAUAGCUCAGACUUGAAUGUGUACUUUUAAAAGUUGAAUAUGACACAACAAACAAAUGUAACAAGUUGCUUAUUCGUUAACACAAGUGCAGCCCUUGGUUAUGUUCAUGUAUUUUUAUUUAACUUAUGUGAAGACAUAACUGCAGAAACGUGCCCUUACUGUACACUUACUGGUAUAAGCCUUUGCAAAUGACCAUGAUUUUUCCUGACCUCUCUGAUUUAGGAAGGGUUUCAAAAGUUACCUACUUGGCAGUGAAGUGUCGCCGCUUUUGUGUGCUCAAACCUUGGAUAAGGUAUGGGUGAGAGUUCCUUAGCUGAAUGUGUCAUGAAGACCAUCUCUGAUUCCAGAGCUGGCUGGUCUGGCUAGCUUGGUUAAAUCUGAUUAGAUCUCAUUUAAUUUAUAGUGAGAUGGGAAGGGAGGUUUUCAGUCAGGCUUCUUUUCCCCUCUACUUUUCUAUGCCAUCUGAUGACAUCUCAGAAACUCAUGGCAUCGCUGCGUGGCUUUUCCUUGGAAGUGAAGCAAAUUCUCCCUGUUUUUGCUGAUACAGGUUUGCACUGGGGCACUGUCACUGCCGUGAGGUUUUGCUUUUCUAACAUGGUUACAGCACUUUUUUAUUUUGUAACAGUCUGCUUAACUUGCUCUUUUUUUGGUUCCCAGGUAAAGUUUUACUGUUUUCACCCAUUAACAAUUAGUCAAAAUUCAUAGUUAGCCUCCCCUUGGCUCCAGUUAAAAAGGAGACUGUUUGUUAAGCGGUGACUACGUUAAGUUUGUCAGACCUUUACAUAUAUGAUACCCAUAGAAUGAAGCUAAAACAGGCAAGGGAGUUGUCACCUGGCUUUUAUGCAGUUGUUACCACAACUAAAAUUAGCUCAGGCCAAGAGAAGUGCUGAGAGCCUGUGAUUUCGGGUAAAUACAAAGCCUGUGACAUUUUAUUAGGUCUUGGGAAAACAUAUUUGCUGGACUAUAGUAUCUGACUUGAAGAGAAAUUAGAUGUUAUUUAGGAUGUGUAGUCUACAGUUACCCCUGUACCCAGGCUUUUUAUUUUUGGUGGGAGGAGGGGAGGAAGGAGAAUUUAAAAUGCAAAUCUACGCUGAGGAUUUGAAAUGGAACAGUAGAAGAAAGGGGCGAAUGUAUCUGCUCUGGAGUCUACAAAGGAGAGAUGACUUCAGCCCCAUAUGGCAAGGCACAGCUGUGAAUGUGGAGACUGUAUGUGUUGAAGAACGCUGAUUUCUGGUGAGCAGUCUUCUACAGCCUUUCACUGCAGCGUAACAGUGCAUCUUGUAAAACUACGCUAAACUCUUUCUACCAUGGUUUAAGUGUUAUGAUUAUUACACAGUGACAGGACAGGGCUACAGUGACUUACCUAAAAUGGCUGAAUUUACUUUAAUAUCCCAAGGCUAUAAAACUGGAACCUCAGACAAAGGACAUCUGAAAUUACUUCUAUUGGAAGAAGACCAUACAAAGGGGAAAUUGGCUAAUUAAGCAGAGUCCUUCCCCGAAUGAUUAUAAAGGAGAAGAGGAGGCAAAAGAUUUUGAUCAAGUGAAUCGUGACUCAUCUGCAGUGCUUUUAACCAAGUUUGUACUGCUUGCUUCCACUGAAGUUAGUUUGCAGGGAAUUAAGAGGAUGUUUACUUUUUUCUGCUGUUUGAGUAUGUAUUUGUCUAUUGCAUUAUUGUUUGCCUGUUAAAAGGUAAAACUGAAUUUCUCACUCGUGUCUGUGGUAAAGGCUUUGGAGUGUGUACUUCUUAGUUACCACCUAUAGCUCCAGAAAUAUUUGUUGACGAGGGCAAGAUAGGCCAUCACAUCAUUAAUUCUGAGCUUUAGGAGCACAAAGUGCUGUCCUUAAGGCAAGGAGAGAUGAAUGUGUGUAAAGUAAAGCAGCGGGCUGUUUCUUGCUCUGACAAUUUACUUUUGGGGGCCUGCACUGAGAUAGUGAUCUGAAGGUUCAGAAUUCCUUUUUAUGUAAAGAGAUGUGCUGUAUUUCCUGUUUCCAUGGCUGAAGUGUGAAAUGGAAAGCAAAUUGCUCUAAUUUACACGGGGGGCUGGGAAAGCAUUUCCUUGUCAUGCUGUCUUCAAUUUUUCUAUCACUUGCUAUGUUCAUUUGAUAGUUUACAAGAUUAAAUACUGAACUGUGACUUC